AUGUCUUCAUCAUCAUCAUCGGACCAACAACAACAACAGCAACCAAAGAGUGGAGUCGACUUUAUUAGAAAUCUUCGUCAAUACACCACUCAACAAACACCUGUUAGUUAUCAAUUCGAUCAAAAUACACCUCCUCCAGAAUAUUUGGAAAUUGAAGAGGAAGGUAGUAAUCGUAUUUUGGAACAAUCCAUGGGCAAUAUUGGACGAGCCUAUAUCGGAUCCUUGGGAAUAGGUGCAAUGCAUGGAAUCUAUAGAGGUAUUAGAUAUGGACAAGGAGGCUCAGUCAAGAUUCGUAUUAAUUCUAUUCUCAAUCAGGCAGGUAUUAGAAGCGUCAAGUUAGCAAACAGUGUUGCUGCUGGUUUGAUAUUUUACUACAUGACUGAUAUCGGAAUGUUUUACUUUGGAAAGAAACCAGAAAGUGAAGAACAACAGAAGGCCCGUGAAGAGAAGGAGGCCACUAAAAACAUUGCACAACUCACUAGUUUUAAUGUUUCCGGAACUGACAAAACUGAAGAAGAAGAAAAAGGUGUGGAUGAAUAUGAUGAAUUGAAGAAUUCUCCUGUUAAUGCCUUCUUUGCAGGUAUGCUCACUGGCUUAGUUUAUGUAGCUCCAGCUCCAUUUGCAAAGAUUGUACGAGGAAGUCUUGUUGGUGCUUCACUUGCUCUUGCAAAUUCAAUCUAUAUUGGACGCUUUGACCCUUUUACACCAUUAGAAAAUAACACUUGGAUGAGGGAUUGGGUCAUGCCAAUUUAUCACAAAAUCGCCCCAGAAAGAUUUACCACAUUAUUUAGAGAAUUGAAGAACCCCAAUGGUACUAAAUUAUAUCCUAAAUUUGAGUCACUGAUAUCGUCGAGAUUUUCAGAGAGAGUAGGAUAUACCCCAAUUCCUAAACUAUCUAAUGAGAAAGAAGAACACAACAACAAUAACCGAGAUUAA